AUUCGAUCAAAGGACGAAAAAUCGGCCUUGAAAUACCUUGAAGAUGUUCGAAUUUUGUAAUUCCAAACUUAAUAAAGAUGGGAAGAAAAAAGGGGGGAAGUAUUGAGUAUAAAAGUCGAAAAAUCUUAAAUCAAACACUGACUUUCCAUUGCUUUGGAGUUGGACUUACACUUUUAAAUCAAGAUGAAACUUGUCAUUUUAAGCAUCGGCUUCUGCUUCAUCGCAGCAGUAUCUUGUGAAGCAGAUAUGAAAAUCGAUGAUGAUGGAAAGUACAAUUUUCUCUACAGUGUCGAUGAUGCUGGCUCCCACAAGAGAGAAGAAAAAGCAAAUGGUGAUGGUACCGUCUCUGGCAGUUACAGUUACAUCGACCCCAAUGGCGAUCUGAGAAAAGUGGAUUACAAAGCAGGAGCUGGAAUAGGCUUUCAGGCUUCUGGAGACAUCAGCGUUGACAAGAAAACAGCAGAAAAGGCAGCUGAACUUGCAGCUUUAGCACCUAAAGCACCAGAAGUUGAAAAAACUGAAGUCAAAAUUCCCAUCUCACCAUUUACCUUACCUUUGUAUGCUAUUCCAGGUGUGCAUCUACCUGUAGCUCACCACCCCUUAGCAUACCCUUAUGCUCAUGCCCCAUUUCACUAUUGUAUGCGAAGGUUACUUAUUCCAGAACGCAACAAGCGAUCGAGAGCAGUAUAUAAAGGUUGUGGAGAUUAUAGCAAUCCAUUAUCUCACGCAGUAUUCAGUUUCAUUUCUUUCUCUUCAAAUCCACUUCUCUUCGAAAUGAAGGUCCUUUUUGCCUGUCUGCUAAUACUUGGUCUGUCAAAAUUUGGCUAUUCAGAAACUGAAACCGUCUACAAUAAAUAUAAAUUUGCCUUCAAUACUGGAGAUACUGGAGCACACUCUAGAAGUGAAGUGUCCAAUGCUCCAGGACAUGUUACCGGGAAAUACCAGUACAAGGAUCCAAGUGGGAUUCUGCGUACAAUCAGAUACAGAUCUGCCCCUGAAACUGGCUUCCAGGCUUUCGGAGAUAUUAUUCCACAGUUUUUAUCGAAAUAUGAAUUGAAACCUUCAUUGAGAAAACAAGAUUUAGGUAACUCAAAUGAAAACAUCAUGGAAUUCGUUAAAAAUGAACCCCAAGUUUCAACAACUGCUUACGAAGAAUCUCAGUCUGAUGCAGAAAGUACUCUGAAACCUCAGUCAGUUCCCGUUUUUACUGUGCAAGAGAGUCUAUCUGUUCCAGUUUAUACAGUACAAGAAAAUGAAUCAGUUCCAGUUUACACAGUUCAAGAAAACGAAUCCGCUCCAGUUUACACAGUUCAGGAAAGUGAAUCAGUUCCAGUUUAUACAGUUCAAGAAAAUGAAUCAGUUCCAGUUUAUAAUUUUCAAGAAAAUGAUUCUGUUCCAGUUUAUUCUUCGGACGAAAUCCAUUUGAUUCCAUUAUCUAAUAUCCAAGAAGCUCAAUCAGAUCUUAUUUACAAUGUCGAAAGUCCAACAACAGGAAAUGGGAACAUUUCAGAAAAUGGCACUUCAGAGGAGAAGAAUGAAACAGAAAGCACUGAUUCACUUCACUUGUUGCUUGAAGACAGAUCAAACGGAGGUGUAAAAGAGGUAACAUCUUUGGUCAGAAGUCUCAAUGAAGCAGGUAUUAAAAUCCUACACCCACCAAUAUAUCCGUUCGGAUUUUACAGAAUUCCGAUUACCUUGCCACUAUUAUCUUUUCCUCAUACCCUACCUUUUGUUACAAAUGGAUUUCACUACGUUUUGUAA